AUGCAUCACGUUCUGUUAAAUGUCACUUCCUAACUUGCCAGAAUCAACAUCACCUUGACCCGUGUUUUUGGCAGAAAGUCAAGAUAGCUAGAAACAGUGCCUUCCCGUUCAGAAUGGAAGCAGUACUUCUAGUAAUGAACAGAUGCUCAGAGGGGAAAUGAAAUAAACAGAUAACAGUAGCUGUCACCAUUAUGAACUGGUGAGCCUCGUUUGGGCAUCUUGCCAAGCAAGUGCUGCCAGUAGAAUUGAUGCCUCAUAGGCAUAUGUUAAGAUGCUUUCAAAUCCAAGUAUACCAGCUCAUCGUUGAGGCCAUCAUAGUUCAGUUCUCAAAUUCACAGGAGCCCUGCCCAUGGCAGUGCUUUUAGAAUCUGAUAUCUAGGUGCAAUCCUUGACUACACUUAAUGGGAAUGUUAAUGAUCGGUUUCAUUGGGAUUACAAUACUAAUGUAAGAUGACAGCUCAUUUGUUUUCUUAAAGUGGUCUGGCUGAGCCAAUCAGGUUGCAGAUAAUCUUAUUAUACUAGUCAGACCUCAGAUUACUUUUGAUGAGCUUUUGGAGCUAUCAUGUGUCAUAUUUUCCUGCAGGCUGGAUACCGCUUGUGUUUCAGCUGGAUAAGGUCAGAUCUUAAUUUAACCACCAACUGUGUACUUAAUUUUAGAAAUGCCACAUGACGUAGCCUAUACUUGCAUGUUUGAAAUUCAGGGCCCAAUGAAACAAUGACAAGAUUUUGAAAAGGUGAGAAGCUCCCUUUGUCUAUAGAUUGUCAAUUAAUGUUAUAGCGGUACUGUAUCUUAAAACUAGGAAUAAAUCCAACUAUAGAGUGUGAUUAAUUAUCUUGCUUUGAAUAAUCCAAGCCUGCAUGCUUAUUGUCCUUUUCUUCACAGUUGCUUAAUAUUAAUAAAACUAGGGCUGCUAGGAUGUGUGUGAGCAUCAAAUAUCUUUAUGGAAAAACACUACUCUUGGAGAACAAAAAUAUUUAAAUAUCAUAGAAACUACUGACUUUGGAGUGCUUAGCUUUUAGCUGAAUCAUAACUUGAGAAUGCACAAGGGAAUUACGCUGCUUAUUUCUUUGUUUAAAAAGCUUGCAACGAAACAGCAGCUUUUCUAUCAGCUUUCUGUGAGUAGGGCUAUCAGCGUGGGUUGCCCUAAGGCACUUUGUACCACUUUGUAAACUGCUUUGCAAACUUUCUGAUGGAAAGCAAUAUAUAAAUACUUCAAAUAAAUAAAUAAAUAAAUAAAAAGAUAGACAUGACAUAGUGUUGACAGCCAAUUACCCUGUUUCUCAUAUUUUAAGACAUACCCAUAAAAUAAGCCAUAGCAGGAUUUUUAAGUAUUCAAGGAAUAUAAGCCAUACCCCGAAAAUAAGACAUAGUGAUAGGCGCAGCAGCAAUGCCGGCCACGGCAGGAGGAGGAGGAGGAGGGAAAAAAUAAGACAUCCCUUGAAAAUAAGCCAUAGUGUUUUUUUUUUGAGGAAAAAAUAAAUAUAAGACGUGUCUUAUAAUAUGAGAAACACGGUAUAUUCUGGUGACGUGAUUCAAUGGGAGCCCCCAAAAAAGCUAGGGGGUGGUCAGAAGAGAUGAUUCAUCUGAAUAUUCUCCUUCCCCCAUUCUCUGUAUGAAAAUUCAUAUCUGUGUAUGAAAAAAACACAGUUUUAAUGUGACAGAGAAUGAGACACAAAGCAAGAGUCUGGGCUCUGCAAGCAUCUUAGGGUGCUGGCUGUCUCCCUGAAGAUCUGAUGUGUAAGCAGUGAGCUUUGUCUGUCUGUUGGAAUGUUUCAGCUGUGCUUUCAACCUGAAUAUCUGUAAAUAAAUGCAAAUAUUACAAAGCACCAAUAAGCUUCCAUUGACUUCCUUCCAAAGGAAACUGCCAGUGCUAUGCCACUGGAACUUAGAAUGCAGAACUUUAAAAAUAUGCUUUUAUUUAUGAAUUGUUAACACAAUCCAUUAUGAAACCAAUUCAGAUCAUUUUACCAGUAUAUCACCAAAAAGAUAAAAUUGAAUAUAACAUUAACAUAACACCGUCUCUCACCCUGCUGUGUUUCCUUGAAUGUCUAGCACUUUGUCGCAGGUGAGCUUAACCUAAUGUGUCUAAUUCAUGGGAUUUUUGAAUGUGAUCUCUUUUCUCAUUGCUUAUCUUAACAGGUCUUUCUACAAUUGCCCAUGUGUGAAGGGAGGAUCUCUCAAUUGUUUUCUGUCUCUCAUAUAUUGAAUGAAGCAAUACCAGAUUUCAGCAAAAUCAUCAGUCUGUGUGUCUAUUCUGCGCUUACAUCUGUAUUGCUAGCCUUUUGUAGCCAAAAGUGUAGUGUCAAGUUAUUAGCAGUUUUCCAGUUUGGGGCCACCACCUAGCAAACAGCCACCAAUAAGAAAGCCAUCAAGUCCUUUUACAAGAAAUUGUGAUGAUUUUCCACAUACAGAGUUAGAAGAGCUAGCUUAGAAUCUCGCAUAAUCACUUUAGAAUAAAGAACCAAGAAAAUUGUCAAUUCAUAAUUUGGGCUUGUUGGAUAAUUUUGUGCAAAUCUUGAACAUGAAUGCUGAACAGGGAAGCUUUGUCUCUUACUAGAGAGCCACAGUUGAUCAGUUUGGUUGCAUAAAAUCAUUCAUUUGGGUGGCCUGAUAUUUUGCGAUGCCAUAUGAGUGUUAGUUAAAUGUGGAGGUACACUCUAGUGAUGAGUGGAAAGUGAAGCCUAAGACUACUUUGGCAUAGGAGCUAGUCAUUCUUUAACUUUGUUUUUUCCCUACUACUGUCUAGAGUUAUGACACUACAGUGGUGCCUCUACUUACGAAUUUAAUGUGUUCCGAACACACAUUUGUAAGUCGAAAAAAAUUGUAAGUCGAAUCCCUUAGGAAUGCAUUGGGAGAAAAAAUUUGUAAGUCGAAGCAACCCUAUCUAAAAAUUCGUAAGUAGAAAAAAUCCUAUCUAAACCGCAUCCAAGAUGGCGGACGGAGCUCCAUUUGUAAGUAGAAAAAUUCGUAAGUGGAGUUAUUUGUAAGUAGAGGUACCACUGUAUAUUUUAUGAUAUACCUCUGCUUAACCAUUAACCCACUGUGUUUAAACAAUUAGAGUGCUUUUCAACACAAGUCAUGCAAGAUAUGACCUCUCGUUUAUUUUUGUGGCUUGAGAACAGCUCAUAAACCCAUGCCAAGAAGAUGGAAGGAAAUGAGGGCACUGAUGAAGAUCACCUCACUGGUUAUGCAGUUCAGGUUAGCAUCCAGGAGUCCCUAGAAAGUGCAAGGAGCCAGCAAACGUCUUCCCCUGAUCAUGAAGCAAGGUUUCUACCAGUCAGCGAUCAAAACAGGAAACUUGUAGCUGCUAUAAGAGAAGGUCGAGUAUUUGAGCUUCAAGACUAUGUGAAAUACAAAUAUGCUUUGGAUGAGGCUGAUGAGAGAGGUUGGUUUCCUUUACAUGAAGCUGCUGCUCAGCCAGUUCAGCAGAUACUUGAAGUAAUCUUGGAUGUGUCUUAUAAAGCAAUGUGGGAAUAUAAAACAUGCGAUGGAGAGACACCGUUGACGUUGGCAGCCAAAUCUCGCCAUGCAGGAAAUGUCAGGACACUGUUGGAAAAGGGGGUCUGGCCCAAUACCACUAACCGGAAAGGAGAGACUCCUCUUCUGAUUGCAAUAAAACAGGGCUCGUAUGAAAUGGCUUCCAUUCUGAUUGAAUUCAAUUGUACCGUCAACCAGCCAUGUGUAAAACGUUGGUCAGCAAUGCACGAAGCGGCGAAACAGGGUCGCAAUGACAUCAUUGCGCUGCUGCUGAAGAAUGGUGGCAACGUGCAACUAAGAGAUGGAUUUGGAGUAACUCCUUUAGGCGUAGCUGCUGAAUACGGCCACUGUGAUGUGCUGGAGCAUCUCAUUCAUAAAGGUGGCGAUGUUUACGCUACAGCUGAUGAUGGCUCAUCAAUAUUGUUUGAAGCAGCGGGAGGUGGAAAUCCAGACUGCAUAACUUUGCUGUUGGAAUAUGGGGGAGACGGUAAUUUGCCUAAUAAGGCAGGGCAGCUCCCUAUACACAGAGCAGCGUACGAGGGGCAUUAUUUGGCCCUGAAAUUUCUAAUUCCUGUGACAUCCCAAACUGCAAUCCAGAAAAGCGGCCAGAGUCCCAUCCACUCGGCAGCAGAUGGCCAAAAUCCACAGUGCUUGGAACUCCUCAUCGAAAAUGGUUUUGAUGUCAAUGCCGUCCUGACAGAGCACAUUUCUAAAAGUUACGACGACGAAAGGAAAACGGGCCUUUACUUUGCCGUUUCCAACAAUGACAUUCUGUCCACCGAAGUAUUAUUGCAAGCUGGCGCCGACCCAAAUAAAGACCCUCUCAACUGCCUCCUCGUGGCAGUCAGAGCUGGCAACCAUGAAAUCGUCAGGUUGCUUCUUUUGUACGGAGCAAACGUCAACUGCUACUUUAACCUUGUGAAUGAUACCCAUUUCCCCAGCGCUAUUCAGUACGCCUUCAAUGACGAGGUAAUGCUAAGGCUGCUGCUGAAUCACGGAUACCUUGUGGAUCUGUGUUUUGACUGCAUGCAUGGAGACAUCUUUGGAAAUUCUUUCGUAUGGUCAACUCCGGAGGAAGAGGUGUUGCCAGGAUGGACAUCUUGUGUCAUUAAAGAUAACCCAUUCUGUGACUUUAUCACGGUUCCUUGGAUGAAACAUUUAGCAGGACCCAUCGUUCGUAUUUUGAUAGAUUACAUGGAUUAUGUUCCCCUUUGCGCAAAACUUAAGUUUGUCCUGGAGACCCAGAAAGAAUGGGCAGAGAUCCAGCAGAUAUUAGAGAACCCUCGCCCGCUAAAGCAUUUGUGCCGCCUGAAAAUACGUAAAUGUAUGGGAUUGGAGGGGACACAGAAGCCGCGGACAAUGAACAGGCUUCCUGUACCGCCAGUUCUUAAAGCCUAUAUCCUCUACAAAGAGUACGAUCUUUAUGGAAGGGACCUACAUUUGCCGUGAUUUGCAGAAUCCAGACACUAACACAUUUACUUGAAUUGGAAGUUAAAUUCGGAGUAACCAUAAGGGUGCCAGAACGGUGAACUAUGGCUUUGGAUCCAGAAGUGACCUUCUGCUUUUCCAUACCUUCAUCUUGCAUGUUGUGUGAGGCAAGUGAAACUAAAUUCAGAUAUGUUCUUCAUAAACAUGAGAGCUGCUGUCACGUGUUAAUCCAGGCAUCCCCAAAUUUCGGCCCUCCAGAUGUUUUGGACUACAAUUCCCAUCAUCCCUGACCACUGGUCCUCUUAGCUAGGGAUCAUGGGAGUUGUAGGCCAAAACAUCUAGAGGGCCGCGGUUUGGGGGUGCCUGUGUUAAUCUCUUCAUUGUGUGAACUCUUGCACAAACUCCACAAACUUAGUUUCACUCGUGGUUCCUUGGCACCAACAUUCCUUCCCUCCCCCUCUCUCCCCCCCUUCCAGUAUAUCUACGAAGCCGUAUAAUUUUGUGCUCUUCCUGUGAUACAAAUAACUGCCUCUCUCAAUACAUAUGGCAAUUAAGUUCUGUAUAUUUUCACAUGUACAUCCUACAAUGCAGUUAUAUUUUCUUUCCUUUUAAAAAAAUAAAAAAUUGAGCCUGAUCUUUGGACUCCACUCUGGCUCUAAGCAUUAAUACAUCUAACCCAAACCAGAAAUACUGUAAAACACAAAAGAAAGCACCAACAUUCAGGCAUGAUCUGUUCCAAUGAUUCUUGGGUCUAGCAGGAUACUGGAAGUCUCCCUUCUUACGAUCUUCACAUGGAAUCCCUUUGGACCUAGCUUUGCCACUUCUUUAUCCGCCUGUGAACCCCUCACUAUAAAAUGUUCCGUUCUUAAACAAGACAAUUACAGCAUCAUUUAAUGUUUAAGAAUGUUCCGUUCUUAAACAAAACAAUUACAUGACAUUUAAUGUAGAAAACUAAAUAGCGAUCAAGCUAUUUGACUAAUAACAGUUCACUGUUUUUAUGCGAAUGCACUAUUGACGGCCGAGAUGCAAAUAAUUUGCUGCUAAAUGUCAUUUGAGUCCUUUAUCAGAAAAGAUCCAAGGCAGCUUACAAGAAAAAAGGGUAUAGAAAAUGCAAGAUACGAUGCAAGAAAAACAGCAAGUUAUCCAUAUAAUACGAAAGCUGAUCACCCCAUAAAAAUCAACAGAACUGGCCCUGGUACAAAACCCAACAACUGGGAAUUA